AUGCUGGGCGAAAGAGCUGCCCAGGAAGCCAUGGCCCCGGCCCUCCAAGCGCGACGCCGCUCGGCCCAGCCCCGCCGCCGCCACCCCACAAUGCCGCGCGCCGCUCGGGAGUCCCCGAGGCGCGCGCGAAGCUGCUCGGGCGCCCGCAGGCCAGAUUCCCCAGGAACCCCGCACGCUGACGCCGCCCGCGCCAUCUUGACCGAGGGCAGCCGUCCGCUAUUUCCGUUCCUUCUCCGACCUGGACCGCCAUCUUCGGUGAGGAUUGGCCUGGGCCCAAAACACUCAGGACCCUCGGAUUGCAGGGGGUUCCCAGUCCCCACUAGAAAAGAAGAUAAAGGUGAGGAAGUCCAGGAUAGCCUUGGUCACAUGCCCUUGGCCACAGCCGGGAAGCCAGAGAAAAGUAAAGUAUUUCAAAGAAGAAAGAGUGGUCCACUCUGUGAAAUGCUGCUGAAGUCACGGAUGACCGGGACAGAGACGAGGCCGCUGAAUUUGUCACUGUGGAGAUCCCUCAUGAGCUAGACGACAGCAGUCUGGGAAGAGUGGAGGGAUGGAAACCCAAGUGAAAAGGGUCAAGGCAAACUGUGGGGUGGGGCAGUGGAGAGGGGGGAUAGGUUUCCGCUUCAUGGCACACUAGGAAGGGGAGCCAAGGUGGCACGUGUCGCAGAGUCUUCCCUUUCUGUCGAAAAAUGAUGUCAACACUGGAACCUUUUUUUAUGCGGACGGAGUGAUCCAGUACAGGGGAACAUUUGAUGAAGCAGGGAAGGGAAUUUGGUGAUUGCAGACUGAAGUUCUGGAAGCUUCACAAGGGCAUGUAGAAGACUUGGCUUUUGAUAGACAAAGGGGCAAUGUUUCCAUUACGAAAGCAGAGUCCAGGAUGGACACACGGUGGUUGUUCCGGCAACAAGAAGAGGAAGGUGUUUCUGACUGCCUGCUGCUGUUUCCUCAAGGUCGUCUAAGGCGAAAUCUUCAACCGGGAGGGGGCUCGGGGGCAGGGGUGUGUGGGAGGUUUGGAGAGAAAGCCAGGGAACACGGCUAAGAGACCCCGACAGGGACACGGUGUCAGAAUGCCAGGCAGAAAUGCUAGCCACUUGUGAGCCUGUGACAAAGGGCACCCGACUUAAAAAACUUCUAAUGCUUCCCUCUGACAAGAGCCUAGGUGGCGUCCACUCUUCCCAAGUGAGGAAACUGUUACUCCAAAGCUUCGACAGGAGAACGAAACACUUCAUCAACCCAAAGCCAUGUAUUUUGACUUCCAGUUUGCCAAAGCAGAGGCAUAUUACUAUCGACGACAUCAAGAAACGGUGCUGGGAGAGGCGUGGAAAUACAAAAUGGUUCCGGGGUGGGAAAUUAAAAUAGAGAGAGAGAGAGACCACACAGUGAAAACACAGGAGAUGCUAAAAAAUGGGACUGUUUAGUGCCUGAAAGGGAGCUGGGCCAGAUAGAGAGGCACGUAUAUACCGAGCUGAACGGGCCAGAGGCCUCGGAGAAGGCAAGCAUCAGCCCCUCUCUCAAAGGAUGCGCAGCCUAACGGUCUUCCCCAAGACAUUAACCCUAGGGAAGGAUGAAAAGACGGACAGUCUCCAGAGAACACACAAAACGAAGACCAAAAAGCCCAGGGUGGCCUGGGCCAAGGAACAGAUCAAGGGGCAUCAAGACCGAAUGACUCGGGGGAGACAGCUCACGGAGCAGAGAAGCGAGAGCCGAGCUCGGGGGCUCUCUGCCCUGGCUCCCCCUCUCCGCAGGCCUCCGGUGCACAGGGAGGAAGUGAAGGAAUUCGAGCGGGUCACAGCCUAUCCGAUCGCCCAGCCUUACCAGGAAACGCUCCUAGAAGUGACCAUCCUCACGGAAAAGGCCAAAAAGGAGGAGGAGGUCAAGAAGCCGCUCCGCAGAGAGCUCUUGAGCAUGCCACCGUUUUUGAGAAGUCAGCUAGAAAAAAUUAAAGUUUAAGUUAUUUUCUG